AGAAUCAGCGACAAAGGAGAAAUCUUCGACUAAGAAGCCAGCGACAGUCAGAUAGCUGCGUACUGAGUAGUGAUGAUGAAGAUGAAACAAGAGAUAACGAUGUGUAUGUGACAGAUAAAGUGUCUCGAGAAUUGGGACCACUGGAAGAUGAAACUGCAAGUUCAAAGCCGUCUGGUACCGUUAGCUGUCCAAUUUGCAUGGAUGGCUACUCAGAGAUCGUGCAAAGUGGACGCCUGAUUGUGUCAACCAAAUGCGGCCAUGUCUUCUGCAGUCAGUGCCUCCGUGAUUCCCUUAGGAAUGCCAACUCUUGCCCAACCUGCAGGAAGAAACUCACUCACAGACAGUAUCAUCCCAUUUAUAUAUGAGCCCUUGCUUCCACUUCUCAGGACAGACUCAACUGGAUUUUGGGGGAAAAUGUCAUGUUUUCGGUGCUGUGAAGAUUUAAAGCAGCAUGUUGUGCACACAUCCAAAUAAAACUGGGUUUU